CUUCGACAGCCUGCACGAUGCUCUCCCGCGUCUCCAAGGGCCUGGCGCGGCCCGGCUCGCGCCUGUUGAGCGGCGCGGCAGGCAGCGAGAAGCUGGCGAUGGUCGGCAGCGGCAACUUCGGCUCCGCGCUCGUGCGCAUCCUCGGCCAGAACGCACUGCGCCACGACAUCUUUGACAAUGAGGUCAAGCUGUACGUGUACGAGGAGAUGAUUGAUGGCAAGCCGCUCACCGAGAUUAUUAACGAGACCAACGAGAACGUCAAGUACCUCAAGGGGGCCAAGUUCACGCCGAACGUGAAGGCGGUGCCCGACCUGGCCGAGGCGGUCAAGGGCGCGACGAUGGUCUGCUUCUGCCUGCCGCACCAGUUCCUCAAGCCGCUCAUGCCCACCAUCAAGGAGUCGGUGGCGCCGGGCGCAAAGCGGCGCUUCGGCCAUGCGGCCGGCCGGGUCGCGCAGCUGUCGGCGCUGCUGCUGAUUGCGUGCCACUGGAGCGGCUGCCUGUGGUGGCUGGUCGGCACGACGGGGUGCAACAUCUUCGACGACGACCCCGCCGCGUGCGAUGACGGGUGGGGUCCGAGCUCCGAGCUGCAGGCCGCGGGACUGCGGGACAAGUACGCGGUCGCCUUCCUGUGGGGCGCCUCCCUCAUGACCUGCCUCGUCCCCUUCGACACGCUCGACGCCAAGCGCGGCCACGUCCUCAAGCGGCUCGAGCUCAUCCAAAGCUUCCUCGCGCGCAGCGACGUGCCCGAGGGUCUGCAGCGGCAGGUGCUCGACUUCUUCACCUACCGGCUCUCCUCGUCGCAGCAGGCCAUGCACGAGAUCGGCUCCGACCUGGCCGGGCUCCCGCGCGAGCUCUCGCUGCGCCUGACGAUGGCGCUCUACGGCGACCUCCUCCAGCACUGCCCCUUCUUCCGCCCGCUCUCCUCGUCGGCGGUGGUGGCGCUCGUGCAGCAGCUGCAGCCGAUGGUCUGCAUGCCCGGCCAGCUGCUCGAGGUGAACCACAUCCUCAAGAUGAAGAACCUCGAGCACGAGUUCCCCUUCUUCACCACCGUCUACAAGAUUAGCUACGAGGACGCCCCCUUCUCCGCCCUCACCGAGACGCCGGUCGGGAAGGGCGGCAAGCCGGACAGGUUCACCAUGAAGAACUUCGGCCGCAACCCGCCAAAGUCGGGCAAGCGGAAGCAGGAACACCGCAAGCCCGCACCCAAGGGAGGGGUUGUGCACGACGCAGUGCAGCAGGCUGUGAUGCAAUAUGGCUAUGACGACGAGCUCUACCAGGCAUGGAGGGACGGCAAGAUAGGCGAAAAGGACUUGCCGGAGGAGCCGCAGCCGUAG